UCUGCCGUUAUUAGCUCUUGACCUUGUCUGUCUGCUGAACCCGAACCGGAUGGCACCUACUGUGAUCCUGGAGCCCGCGGGUGGUUGCCUUUGUGACCAGCCGGUGCACAUCGCUGUGCGCGGCCUGGCCCCGGAGCAGCCCGUCACGCUGCGCUCUGUCCUGCGCGACGAGAAGGGCGCGCUCUUCCGAGCCCACGCGCGCUACCGCGCGGACUCCCACGGCGAGCUGGACCUGGCGCGCACGCCCGCGCUGGGCGGCAGCUUCUCGGGGCUCGAGCCCAUGGGGCUGCUCUGGGCCAUGGAGCCCGAUCGGCCUUUCUGGCGCCUGAUCAAGCGCGACGUGCAGACGCCCUUUGUGGUGGAGCUGGAGGUGCUGGACGGACACGAGCCCGACGGCGGGCAGCGGCUGGCGCGGGCGGUGCACGAGCGUCACUUCAUGGCCCCCGGGGUUCGGCGCGUGCCGGUGCGCGAGGGCCGGGUGCGCGCCACGCUCUUCCUGCCCCCAGGAACUGGACCCUUUCCUGGAAUCAUAGACCUUUUUGGAAUUGGAAGUGGCCUUCUGGAGUAUCGGGCGAGUCUGCUGGCUGGGAAGGGCUUUGCCGUCAUGGCUCUGGCUUAUAACAACUACGAGGACCUCCCUAAGGACAUGGACAUUAUCCACCUGGAGUACUUUGAGGAAGCUGUGACCUACCUGCUCAGUCACCCUCAGGUAACAGGUUCAGGAGUCGGGGUCCUUGGCAUUUCCAAAGGGGGUGAACUUGGCUUUGCCAUGGCCUCCUUCUUGAAAAAUAUCACAGCCGCUGUCAUCAUCAAUGGCUCUAUAUCCAACAUCGGCGGAAACUUACAGUACAAGGAUGAGACUGUGCCCUCCGUGGGCAUAAACACCAAGCGAGUCAAGAGAACCAAAGAUGGCCUCAAAGACAUUGUGGAUCUUCUAAACAAUCCUUUGGAAGGACCUGACCAGAAGAGCUUGAUUCCCGUGGAAAGGUCUGACACAGCCUUCCUGUUCCUCGUAGGUCAGGACGACCACAACUGGAAGAGCGAGUUCUAUGCCAGAGAGGCCUCCAAACGCCUGCAGGCGCACGGGAAGGAGAAGCCCCAGAUCAUCUGCUACCCAGAGACAGGCCACCAUAUUGAGCCUCCUUACUUCCCACUGUGUAAGGCUUCCCUGAACAGCCUGGUGGGUGGUCCUGUCAUCUGGGGAGGGGAGCCCAGGGCUCAUGCCAUGGCCCAGGUGGACGCUUGGCAGCAACUCCAGACUUUUUUCCACAAUCAUUUGGAUGGCAAAAAGAAGACAAUCCCAGCAAAACUGUGAUUUUUAUUUAAGAUCUCUGAUGCUUCUCUCUCCUGAGGAAGCUUCCACUGUGUGUGUGUUUCUCUUUUACAUCAAUGUAGAGUCUUUCCCUCCUCCAACUUUUUUUUCAGCUGCAGGCCUUAUUGAUAAGUCUUGAAGGGGAGUGAUUAUACAGAAAACAUAAGGCAUUGCAGAAACUGCCGUUUUUCGGAAACUCAGUCUCCCAGCGAGCUGUAGUGCUGAAAGAAAGACCAAGUCACUGCUACAUCCCUGGAGUUCAAGGACUACUUGCUAAAUUGCUGAUUAAAAACAAACAAAUGAUUCCAUGCUGUUUAGACAAACAUCGACAGGAACUGAAAAGAUGGCUCAGCAGUUAAGGGCACACACUGCUCCUAUAGGACCCAAGUUUGGGUCCAGGUACGAGAACAACUGACUGUAACUCCAGCUCUAAGGGAUGCAGAGCUCUCGUCUGACCUCCUUGGGCACCCAUACACAUGUGUACACACACACAUAUACACACAAGCACACAUGAAUAAAAAUACAUGGUUUGAAAGAGUAAACAUCUGUGUGGUGGUGACACACACCUUUCAUCCCAGCACUGGGGCUGGGAGUGGGAGGAUGGGAGUGGGGAGUGGGGAGUGGGGACAGAGGCAGUCAGAUCUCUGCAAGUUGGAAGCCAACCUGGUCUACAGAGGGAGUUCCAGGACAUCGAGGGUUACACAGAGAGCAAAGAAACCCUACCUGAAAUACAAACAAAGUCAUAAACAAUGGUCCUGUGUGGGCUCUGUCCUGUGGACUCCACUGACUGGAGAUUUAUGUAUACAGACUUUCACAUGCUACAGUCUACACAGCACACCACACUCACUCGGAGGGCAUUUAUGCUGUAGUUCACAUUUUAAGCAGUCUGCAAGUGACUUAAAGGUUAUACGUGUAUUAUAUGGAAAUACUAUUGUAUCCGAGAAAUGUCAGCCAUUGCAGAUUUGCCAUCUGUAUCAAAUGCUUACAACUACCAGUGGACAACUCUAACAUCAAAUGUGCUGUGACCUCACAGGUGAGUUUGUUCUUUUGGGAUGGAAUUACUACCUUAGUCACCAACUAGUAAGAGCCCAAAAAUAUCAAAUUUCAAAGGAACUUCAGUUUACAUCUUGUUUUUUUCUUUUGAGUAAAUAAGGAUUUUUUUUUUCUGAGCCAACAAAUUGUGUUAGGUUCCUGUUUAUGCGUAGGGAUACAAGAUUCUGUUGCUUCAAACCUUGAUAAAAUGUUAUUUAACUAUGCAAGUAAUUUUAACAGUGGUAAGCAUGUAUAUAAUAAUAUCACUAGGUACACAUAGUUCCAAAAUAAUAAGCAUUUCUUAAGCCUUAGAUAUGCUUAAAAUAAAAAUACUUCGAUGGUUAA